AUGGAAGCCCACUCCUCACUCUCCCUCUCCGCCGCCGCCUUCCGAUCGAAAUUCCCCAACGUCUACCACGAAAUCGUCUGUCCCGGCUACCCAGACCUCGCUUUCGUCACCCCGCUCAUCAUCCCCAUCGCCUUCAUUGAACUCAUCUCUCCGACUCCCUCCAGCACCCCGACCCGCAGCAGAAGCAGAAGAACAUCCUCCGCCGCGCGCGUCAACUUCGAAGGCCUUCCUCGCAGGCCUAGAAGUAGCUGUCCGCCGUAUAAUAGCAAGGCAAGGUUCUUUUUUGAGGAUGAUGGGUUAUGUCGGAGACUGUGUAUGAAGGGGAACGUGCACUGGACGCCGAAGUAUAGCGUCGGUGAGCCGGCUGUAGAUCGGAAUAUGAGCGCGGUGAACUCGCCGGCUGAACAGCCCAGGGAGGAGAAGAAUGAGGCGCAGAAGUUUGAGCUUGUGGAGACUGAGGUUGUUAACAGGGUAGCGAAACGAGGGAGACGGGGAAAGAAAAAGAAUCGAUGGACAAAGUUUGAUAUCCAUGCUGAUACCCCCAGCACGAACAAGACUGUGUCCUCACCUGUGAUGUCUACCCAGGAAUUCCUGAAAAGGCAACUCAGGAGCACUUUGGACAGCAUCAACCCACCGUCAUCGUCCUCCGAAUCCGAUUCUGUGAAUACCCCACCGACCGAGCCCGAAGACGAUACCCCCGUCCCCAUGCGCACGCUGCAGAUCCACAUGCUCCUAGGCUCGACCGUGCCCAACCUAGACGGCGGCGCCAACGCGGUCGCGAUCCUCAAAGGCGCGCCGAAGUCGUCGCUCGCGAUCGAGUCGUGGGAGUACUCGACCAACGACGUGGUGUAUAACCUCACCGAGCGGCUUGUUGACGAUCCCGAGACACCGGUGCGGUGGAAGAUUAAAGCAAAAGUGUGGCUCCUGCGACGGCGGUGUAUCGCGUAUUUUCCGGUGCCGCAGUAUUUGCGGAUGAUUGAUAUCCUCGAGCGAGACCGGUAUAUGCACUACGACUGCGAGGCUAUCGGCAUCGACAUUCUCAAGCAGAUAGACAGUCUCACGCUGUUCUACUCCGACUACCUGCGCGGGUUGUGGUUCCGUGUGAUUCAAGGCCAGAUCAAUCUCAAAGCAAUGGCCAUCCACGGCCUGAAGCAUAAUAACUUAUCAGUCAUGAACGACGAGGAUUUCGCACAGCUUCUCGACAACAUCACCCGCUGGACGCAGCACGAUUACACAGACGCAGAGAUCGCGCAGUACCCUUUACUCGCGCACGAGUCUACCGUCUGGCGAACGAUGGCGGUAGGUGACGGGUGGGAGGCUGAGGUUGAUAAUUUGCCGGUCGUGGACGCGACGUCGUUGGUGCAGCUCGGGGUGUGGUCUCUCAAUGAUGUGGUGGAUCAUGAUGCGUUUCAGUAUGCGUUGUUGACUAUGCAGGCUGGGGUGAAGUCUCUUUGA